UCAAUGACGUCUUUUUAAGACCACACAUCGUAACGCCGUUCCUGGUGGUGGUGGGGAAAAACCAUCAGUAAAAACAAAAACAGACAGAUAAAGGGGUUAGGGUUAUAUAUUUAGUAAAACUCGACUUUUUUUCCUCCGCGUGAUCGAAUGUCUAAUCCACGAAUCCCUUUCGGAAAAUUUGCAAAAGUGGAGAACGGGACGAGAAGUAGUGAGAAAAGAAAAGAAAGCCGAGACCAUAUCACAACAGUGUGGGGAGGGGGGGCGUCUUUAAGCCGGAAUCCCACAUCAAAGCAACUAAAAGAUUUUGCUCAAUUCCUAUUAACAAACUAAGGAUAUCACUGCAUGAAUGGCUGCUGUGGAUGACUUCAAAUUCCAAGAAUUUGACGAUGCAGCCAAUUUGUUGGCAGCCAAUCCAGAUGCUGUCACUAUAAGUAUUGAUAAACCUACUGAAAAACCAAAGAAAAAACAUGGACACUUGCAAGAAUCUGGAAGAGAAGAAGACGAUGAACUUCUGGAGACAGAUGAUUCUGAUAAAACUGAGUUGCUUGCUGGGCAGAAGAAAAGUGCUCCAUUCUGGACAUUUGAAUAUUAUCAGACAUUUUUUGAUGUGGAUACGUACCAGGUUUUGGACAGAAUCAAAGGUUCUGUAUUUCCAGUGCCAGGGAAAAACUUCGUGAGACUGUAUGUUCGGAGUAAUCCCGAUCUUUAUGGUCCGUUUUGGAUAUGUGCCACCCUAGUCUUUGCUGUUGCAAUUAGCGGUAACCUUUCAAAAUUCUUCAUCCAUCUGGGUAAACGUGAUUUUCAUUAUGUACCAGAUUUCCGCAAAGUCUCCAUAGCUGCGACAGCCAUCUAUGCUUAUGCCUGGCUAGUUCCUCUCGCUCUCUGGGGAUUCCUUAUGUGGAGAAAUAAUAAAGUUGUGAACAUUGUCUCCUACUCGUUUCUCGAGAUUGUGUGUGUUUAUGGCUAUUCACUCUUCAUCUACAUACCAACAGCGAUUUUAUGGAUCAUUCCACAGAAAGUUCUCCGAUGGGUUCUGGUAGCAUUUGCUCUGUGUCUUUCAGGAUCUGUUCUAGUAAUGACAUUUUGGCCUGCCGUGAGAGAUGACAACCGGAGAAUCGCAAUGGCUACAAUUGUAACAGUUGUCCUUCUUCAUGCCUUACUGGCUGUUGGUUGCUUGGCAUACUUUUUCGAUGCGCCUGAACUGGAAGUCCUUUCAUUGACUACAGUACUUCCACCUAAUGGAACAAUAGAAGUAACAAAGGCUCAGUAAAUAUGGAGAUUUCUAUGAAUCAGCUGAAUUGGUCUGCUGCACAAAGAGAAGCAACCCGAAAUGAAACCUGGACCAGGAGGAAACUUUGAGUGGGAUUUCAUGUCUCUAGAUACUGUUUGAAUGCAGACACACUGUCUAUAAAAACAUAUACAAUCUGCUUUUCUGUAAAAUGUCACAGAAGGAAAUGGAACAUGAUUUUAAAACUUUCCAAAUUAAACUAAUUACUG